GGUAUGAAAAGGAACCUAUUCCUGAUCGAAGACUACUGUUUGCUCUCUCUCUCUCUCUCUCUCUCUCUCUCUCUCUCUCCCUCCCCAUGGGAAUAAGGGGAAUCUCCUGGUUCGCGGCCUUUGUUGUGAUUAGCUUAUGCUUUGAAACAUGUAAAGCUAACACAAAGGAUGAUAGUUCUAAGUGUACUUCUUCAUGCGGCAACAUCCAUAACAUAAGCUACCCUUUCCGACUGAAACAUGAUCCAAAGGACUGCACAUCACUGUAUACUCUUCUAUGCGAGAACAACAUUACAAUACUAGACCAAUCUGGUUUUGGAAGAUUUUAUGUACAGGCAAUCAACUACGAGAAUCAAACAAUCCGAGUUGUAGAUCCUGGCCUAUUUCAGAAUAUCAAUUGCUCCUCCAUGCCCUACAACCGUUCACCUGAUCUUUCCGGACGAUCUAUGUAUUCGUACGGGCAAUCUUCAACGAGCAUAGUCUUCUUGAAGUGUAACAAUCCGGUGAAUUCUUCUAUGUAUGUGGACACUGCUCCAUGCAUAAACGUUAAGGCUGGUGAUGCUUCUUCUUUGGCAUCCCAACCAGCAUAUGGUUAUGUCAAAGUCGGCCAUAUGGAGGUAGGGGAUUUGGACCAGGGUUGCAGUGCAGAGUGGCUGGCUUAUGCUUUGGCUAACUCCUCUAUUCUGUACAACACCUCUUAUAAAUACAUACACAGUGCACUUCUGAAUGGCUUUGAGCUAGACUAUACGAUUUCGGAGGCUUGUGAGCAAUGGAGUACCAAUGCCAAGUGUUUUCCACGCAAUAUCAAAGGUUUCUUUCAAUUAGUAUGGGAGCUAAUAAGCGGUUUCGUUGCCCCUGGAUAUACUAUCCAUGUUGGUUAUAAGUGGCUACCCUCCAACUCUAGCGAUGUUCGAUUGGCAAUAUUGGUUACUAUCAUACUGGUGAAAUUUACAUUGGGGGCUCCAUUUGUGAUUGUAUUUUUGAUCAAGAAAUGGCGGACAAGACAUUUGUCAAUGUACAGAACCAUUGAAGAUUAUCUGCAGAACGGUAGCAGCUUUGUGCCAAUAAGGUAUUCUUUCUCAGAAAUUAAGAAGAUGUCCAACAAUUUCAAGACCAAGCUGGGCGAAGGAGGCUAUGGCUCUGUAUUUAAAGGAGUAUUACGUAGUGGCCAUUUUGGAGCCAUUAAAAUGAUGGCAAACUCUAAAUCAAAUGGAGAAGAUUUUGUGAGCGAAGUGGCUACAAUUGGAAGGAUUCACCAUGUCAAUGUGGUGCAACUAGUUGGUUAUUGUGUUGAGGGUUCAAAACGUGCUCUAGUCUAUGAUUUCAUGCCUAAUGGGUCACUUGAAAAAUACAUAUAUUCCAAUGCAUAUGCUCUCAUGGUAAGUGUCAAGAAAAUGUAUGAGAUCUCUCUGGGAGUGGCUCAAGGGAUUGAAUAUUUACAUCAAGGUUGUGAAGUGCAAAUUUUGCAUUUUGAUAUCAAGCCUCACAACAUUCUUCUUGACGAGAAUUUCAUUCCAAAAAUUUCAGACUUCGGUCUAGCAAAGUUAUAUUCAACUGAAGACAGUACUGUGACUCUAACAGCAGCAAGAGGGACAAUGGGAUAUAUAGCUCCGGAGUUGUUCUACAAAAACAUCGGAGGUAUCUCAUAUAAAGCUGAUGUGUAUAGUUUUGGAAUGUUGUUGAUGGAAAUGGCAAGUAAACGGAAAAAUUUCAGAGAAUUGGCGGGGCAUGAAAGCCAAACAUACUUCCCUUCAUGGGUGUAUGAUCAAUAUGCAAUGGGAAGGGACUUGGAGAUGGGUGAUGCCACUGAUGAGGAGAAGGAAAUAAUAAAAAGGAUGAUUGUAACAGCUUUAUGGUGUAUACAGAUGAACCCAAGUGAUCGUCCAUCAAUGAGAGAAGCCAGAGAGAUGCUGGAAGAAGAUGUUGGACACUUACAAAUGCCCCCCAAUCCUUUUACACGGUCAGAAGAGAUAUUCCUUGCCGAUGUCCGGAAUAAUAUUGAUCCAACAUGUUCAAACACUGAGCUAACUUGGACAUUAUCAGCUAGGUAAUGAUCCCCCUCCAUUACAAUUAAUACAAAUGAUUUAAUUCUUCUUACAUGUAGAGUUAUCAGCUAGGUACGUAGU